AUGAAGGAGGAAGCCCCUUUCGAUAGGACCGACUUCGUGCCAAGUCACGGGGGAGACACCCUUCUUCCCGCCGAUCCCCUGUUCACCCGCUUGUUGACCCUGGCACAUCGUCCGAAGCCCAGGCCGGCGAUACGCGACGUCAAUGCCGGCGUUGAGAGGACCGCUGCUGAGUUAUUGAGCGAUACGCUCAAUCUACGUCGCGUCUUGAGAAGUUGUCUCAGGCCGCACACCCUCGAUGACCUGCAUAAUGGGCGCGAAGUCUACAUCAGCAUCCUUGCCCCAGGAGGGUAUGAGUUUGCCGUGGGCGUUUUAGCCAUCAUGGCUCUGGGUGCGGCCGUCAGCCCUUUUAGUACUGCUCAGCCUGUGAAAGAAGCCUCCUACUACGUCAACAAGGCCAGGUCCGUUGCUGUUGUUACCGCUACUCCAGCCCUUGCUCUAGGCGAGGCAGUAGCAAAAGAGAUCCGCAGCACAAGCAACCCAGACUUCAUCUCCGUACCCAUCAGAUCCAUAGAAAACGAGACUCCUGCUCCACUUGACAGUAUCAAGAUCUCUUCAAACCGAUACCACGAUCCCAAUGCUCCCGGCGUGGUCAUUUUCACAUCCGGGACGACUGGCCCACCAAAAGGAGCAGUCCUGCGUCGGGCGGCCAUGGGAGAUGGCUCACUGUGCUUUGCGCAGUACAUUGGACUACAGGAGACUGAUGUUCUUCUUCACCUGCUACCAGUCCACCACGCAACAGGGAUCUGGGUGUCAUUUUUCCCUUUCAUUCAAUCGGGAGCAUGCAUCGAGUUCAAAUCUGGAAGCUUUGACCCGGAGUGGACUUGGAAUCGCUGGAGGAAGGGCGGUUUGACCCACUUCACGGGCGUACCUACCAUCUACAUGAGGAUGAUGCGAUAUUAUCAGGAGCACGCGACCAACCUUCCUCCUCAUGAAGCCGAGACAUACAAGGCUGCAGCCGCAGCGUUCAAAGUCUGCCUCUGUGGAACCUCUGCAUUGCCCAAACCGAUCAAUAAUUUCUGGACAAACCUCAUGAACGGCCGCCGGAUUGUACAACGGUACGGAUCCACUGAACUGGGUGUCAUUUUCAACAUGUCUGUCGAUCCCGCAGAGAAGAUCCCAGAUGGCUCUGUCGGAGAAUUGGCCUACGGAGUUGACAUCAAGCUAUCCGAUGGAGAGGAGGGUGAAGUGCUCGCCAAAUCCUUCAACAUGUUUUCAAAGUACCUCCACGACCGGGAAGCCACUGCGAAUGCCCAUGACGCCGAUGGCUACUUCAGAUCCGGGGACGUGGCUCGCCGAGAAGGCAAGUAUUAUUUCAUUGUUGGCCGGGCCUCUGUCGACAUCAUUAAAUCUGGAGGCUACAAAAUCUCGGCCCUGGAUAUUGAAAGGGAGCUUCUGGCCUUGCCUUAUCUUGGUGAGGUCAUGGUGGUCGGUGUCCCUGAUGAAGAGUUUGGCCAGCGUGUUGGUGCAGUUGUGUCGCUGCGGAAUGACAAGGUUGCCCAAGAGUUCAACAAGACGAACAACAGGAGCCCUAACGUCCUGAAACUGAACGACCUUCGUAGCGACGUGCGAAGUCGUCUUGCCAGCUACAAGUUACCUACGCUGUUGCGCGUCAUUGAAGGCGAGUUGCCAAAGAGUGGAACAGGAAAGGUAGUCAAGAAAAUUCUGGGACCACAUUAUUUCCCUCUGAACUAUCUCGAAGACAAGAACGUGCAGGUUUGGAGCAGCAAGCAAAAUGUAAGAGAGAGUAAACUAUGA